AUGGAGGAGAGCGACAAAGAGAAGACCGCGUUCACAGCUGGUGAAGGUUUGUGGCAGUUCAUUGCUAUGCCUUUUGGCCUUUCGAACGCCCCGGCAACGUUUCAGCGAUUUAUGGAGCGUGUACUUCAAGAAUUGCCGUGGACGGUGUGCCUAAUAUAUUUGGAUGAUGUCAUCAUGCAUGAAAGAACAUUAGCUAAUCAAUUUUCAAAUCUUCGAACUGUUUUUCAAAGGUUACGAGAAGCAGGAUUAAAGUUGAAUCCGAAAAAGUGUCAUCUUUUCCAGAGAACCGUCCGUUAUCUUGGACAUAUCGUGAGUGGUUCGGGUAUCGCAGUUGACCCAGGAAAAACUGAUGCGCGGUCUCUAAGUGGCCAGAACCAAAGAACAAGACAGAAGUUAGAAGUUUUCUCGGAUUAUGUACGUAUUAUCGAAGAUUCGUUCCUCAUUUCGCAGACGUUGCCCGACCUCUAUCUAUAUCGACUAACCGAAAAGAAUUGUGAGUUUGCGUCGACAGAGGAAUGUCAGAGAUCGUUCGAGAAAUUGAAACAGUUGUUAACAUCAACUCCGAUUUUGGCUUGUCCUAAUUUAGACGGCGAGUUCUGUCUGGACACCGAUGCAUCGGAUUUGCUUUGA